GUUAGAGCCUCCUCCCCCUCUAUCCCCCCAACGUUCGUCUCCUCUUCCCCCGAUCCAACCACCACCACCUUCUUCUCCUCCUCUUCCGCUCGACGCCAUCACCACGCACUUGAGAGAGAGAGAGAGAGAGAGAGAGAGAGAAACCCUAAGCCUCGCCCGCUAUCCAGCCAAGCACCGAUGGCGACGGACGCGAACCCGGAGGCGGCGGCGCCGCCGCCGCAGUUACUGGUGGACGAGGGCUACGAGUUCUGCGCGCCCAAGUUCUUCGACUUCGUCUGCGACGAGACGGAGGAGGAAAUCCGCGCCGCCGAGCGCUGGUUCGAGGCCUCCGCCAGCCACGCCCCUUCCCCGUUCGCUCCGAGGAUCAAGGAGUCGAGGGCGGAGGUCAAGAUCGAGAGCCUCUGCGACUUCACCGACGCGGAGCCGAUUCCGAAGGAGGUAGCAGUGGAGGAGGCAGCAGGAAGCGCCGCCAAUCCCUCGCAGAAUUCUGAUGGGAAUGUGCAACAGAAUAAGGACGGCUCCAUCAAACUUGUCCAUGAAGCAAAUCCCAGUGAAAAUUGUGUCACUGACGGCGAUCAUAAGCACCAAGAAAGUGAUGCAAUGUUGGAGUCGCCACCAGCAGAGGAGGAUGAGAAGGAAUCGCCAAAAUCCUUCGAGUUUGUCCCUUCCAAUGCAAAAUCAGCAGAUGUUGCUUCUAGCACACCGAAGAUUCAGAGGCCUCCACCCGUCAAAGCUGUCACUACGGUGCCUACCUGUCCCAAGCUGACAGUGAAGACAGAAGCCUUCACUCCGAAGGUGCAGGCAACGAACUCCUCCAGAGGUCUUGCACCCUUGACUGGCUCAAGGGCACAUCCAUCUGCUUUGAAGCAGUCGAUGAGCGUCAAGAGGAGUGUGAUCAAAUGCCCUCGUGAGUUGCUGGCUGGGAAGGCCGCUACUGCUGCGAAUGAAAUCGCACAAGAAAAUCAAGCUGUCAAGAGACAGAAGCUUGAUGAUGGGAGGACAAGACAGAUACUGAACGUGAAGACAAGGACCCUGCCUCACAAGGGGAGAGGAGGUGGUCUAGCAGGAAGCACCGAGAUGAGCCUGUCGGCCAUGAGGAAGCACCGUGACGAUUCACACUCUCUCAAGGAAGUGACUCACUAUAUAUCGGCAGCAGAGAUGGUAAAGAAGUUCGAGUCUGGGACUAGAGAGUUGGCCAUCCCUCACAACAGAUCGCUUUCUCAUGAGGAUGCAGCAACCGCAUUACAAAGAAGAACAAAGCUGAUGCUAACAAGGCCAAAGGAACCUGAGUUCCAGACCUCCCACAGGGUCCGUGCUGUCAGAGUGAAAAGCUCUGCUGAGCUAGAGGAGGAGAUGCUAGCCAAAAUUCCGAAGUUCAGAGCACGGCCGUUUAACAAAAAAAUUGCGGAGGCCCCUUCAUUUCCUCCUCUUCCAAGGAAAGCUCCACAGCUUCCUGAAUUUAAUGAGUUUCAUCUUAAAACGAUGGAGAGAGCUACACGACAUGCAGACACCUGUUCCGAAGCUUCUUCCGUGGGGACUAUCAGGAGUCAGAGCAGUAAGCCACUGACCUUGACAGCGCCAAAACCACCCCAACUUGAGACAGCAUUACGAGCUAGACCACCAAGGGUGAAAAGUUCUCAGGAAUUGGAACUAGAAGAAUUAGAAAAGGCUCCCAAGUUCAAGGCAAAGCCACUGAACAAAAAGAUUCUCGAGAGCAAGGGUGAUAUUGGUGUGUUUCCACAUCUAAAGGCUCAACCAACAGCCCCCAAGGAAUUCCAUUUCUCUACCGAUGAUCGCUUGGGUCCUCCUGCAGUUGUGGAUCUAUUUGAUAAGCUCUCUCUUUGCUCAGAAUCUUCAUAUCAUAGCAAGAAAGAUGUGCCCAGAUUGACAAUACCAAACCCCUUCAAUUUACAUACAGAUGAAAGAGGGCAUGAGAAAGAGAGGCAGCUAGCUGCACAACUGCUGCAAAAGCAAUUACAGGAAGAGAAAGCCAGGAUUCCGAAGGCUAAUCCUUAUCCCUACACAACUGACUAUCCAGUGAUACCACCGAAGCCUGAACCAAAACCAUGCACGAGGCCAGAAGGCUUUCAGUUAGAGAGUUUGGUGAGGCAUGAGAUGGAGCAACAGAGGAUAAUGGAAGAAAGAGAGAGGAUGGAGAGGGAAGAGGCCCAGAGGAGAGUAGUGAAGGCACACCCCAUAAUGAAAGAGGAUCCCAUUCCUCUUCCAGAGAAAGAGAGGAAGCCUCUCACUGAAGUUCAACCACUUAAGUUACAUGUUGAUGAAAGGGCGGUCCAAAGAUCAGAAUUUGACAAUAUGGUGAAGGAAAAGGAAAUAACUUACAAGAGAUUGCGAGAGGAAAAUGAAUUCGCACAAAAGAUUGAGGAAGAGAAAGCGUUGAAGCAGCUCAGGAGGACCUUGGUGCCACAAGCACGGCCUCUCCCGAAGUUUGACAGACCAUUUCGUCCCCAGAGAUCAACCAAGCAGGUGACGAGGCCGAAGUCCCCACAGCUUCAGGUCGACCAAAGAGGGGCAAGAAGGCACGCCUUCAUCAGAUGAUCCAACUCUCCGGCUCAUCUUGUUGUCGUCUAUCGGUUACCCACUGGCUGCUGCUGUUUUCUCUUCUGUUCUUGACGUCAAGAUCAUCCCCAAUUCUCGCAGCGAUUCUUUCUGACCAAUACAUAAAUAGGCCGAUCCAAUCCUGUUAUAUAGUCAGUCAACACAGCUGACGGCGUGUGUAUGCUCCUUUAGGGUUCUGCUGAUGCUUGACUGCAUUAUUGUAAAUUCAGUUUGUGUGCUGUGUGUGUGUGCUGUUCGAUGAACGACAAUAGGAUGACACCCUGUCAGUGUCCUCCUCGUCUGUUUCGACGAAUGCAAGUUGUAUUCAUUAUUUGUUUAUCAUCUCUGAACUAUCCUGGAGUUCUGUCGAUGUUGAAUAAUCUAAUUCAUAUCUCGGCACUUGGAAAA